CUGCUGCCAAAUUCCACCGCCGCAUUACCGAUUUUUAGUCCGGCGACUGAAACCGAGCACCGCCGGAAUUCCAAUCCUUUAUCGAUCAACCUUUCGAAUCUGCAUUUCGUUUUCAUACGUCACGCAAGCACCAGAAACACGCUGAAACGUCGCCAAUACGACUCGCGCCUCAGAUUUUCCAUUUUCCGCGCCGGGAUUCCUCGUUGUUCUGUUCUUCGCUUCUAGCUAGGUCCCGCUUUUCUUUUCCGGAGAAGGGAAGAAAAACGGGAACGAAGGCCAUCGCAACCGCAAUCGAUUCUAGGGUUUCGCAUUUGGGGGGAGGAUUGCCGUCAUGGGGAAGCUCAUGGAAUUGCUGGUGGCUUCUGUUAUGCCGGUUCUGAAGCUACUAAUCAUUACUGCUCUCGGCUUGUUUCUCGCCGUUGAUUCUGUCGACAUUUUGGGGAUGGAUGCUCGCAAGCACUUGAAUAAUGUGGUCUUUUUCGUCUUCAAUCCAGCUCUCAUCGGUAGCAAUCUGGCGAAAUACAUAACCCUAAAGAAUGUGGUCAUGUUAUGGUUCAUGCCACUCAACAUUCUCUUUACAUUCAUCAUUGGAUCGCUUCUAGGGUGGGUGCUCAUUAGAAUAACUGAUGCACCUCAUGCUCUUCGAGGUCUAGUGCUGGGAUGCUGUGCUGCAGGAAAUCUGGGGAAUAUGCCUCUCAUAAUCAUUCCAGCUGUUUGCAAAGAGAGAGGCUCUCCAUUUGGAGAUGUCGAUGCUUGUUAUGAACAUGGGUUGGCUUAUGGGUCGCUAUCUAUGGCGAUUGGAGCGGUCUACAUGUGGUCUUAUGUUUACAACAUCAUGCGUCUUUAUUCGAUUAGAAGUUCUGACGGACCGAAAUUUGAAGCCUUAGCACAGGCCACAAGCUCUGCCACAGAAACUCUUGAAGGGCUUUCAACAGGUCGCUCUGGCCCGCUGCUUCCCCUGGCAAAAUCUACUGCAACUGGGGGCCAUACCGAAUUCGAACUUGUUCCCAUGACAUCAGAACAUAAGAAUAAGGUACCCUUCUUAGAGAAACUAAAGCAGGGCAUACAGAUAUUUGGUACAAUGUUCAACCUGAGGAGAUUGUUUGCUCCUUCAACAAUUGGAGCGAUUGUUGGAUUUGCAGUGGGAAUGAUCCCUCACUUGCAAGGAUUACUAAUCGGCGAUAAGGCUCCUCUUCGAGUGUUCCAAGAUUCAGCUUCUCUGCUAGGGUUGUGGUUCACAUCACAGGGAGGCGGCUAUUCCGACGGUCACACUGGUAGUGGGAGCAAAUCUCCUAAAAGGUUUGAAGGGCUCGGAAGUCCGGUUAUCAGUGAUUGCCGGGGUAAUCAUGGUUCGCUACGUCGCCUUACCGUUGACAGGAGUUGUCAUCAUCAAGUCUGCAGUCCACUUGGGAUUAGUGCAGCGUGAUCCACUGUAUCAAUUUGUUCUCCUACUUCAGUUUGCACUUCCUCCGGCAAUGAACAUAGGUACAAUGAGCCAGCUGUUUGGGACGGGAGAGAGCGAGUGUUCUGUGAUCCUGCUUGCAAGUUAUGCUUUGGCAUCAGUAGCAGUCACGAUUUGGUCGGCGAUUUUCAUGUGGUUGGUAGCAUAACUAUAGGUGCUGAACAUAACACGAGAGGCAAAAGCAUUCCCUACAACAAGAAAAGAAAAACUGGCAUUGUAGAUGUAAGGCUUCUUCUGCUGUUGUUUUUCCUUUGACAUGGUAAGGCUUGUAGAUUCAAUACUUUUGAUAUUACGUCAAGAAAUAGUAACUAGCCUCAAUAACCCAAAUUCUUAAUAGUAACUGUCACCACUCCACUCGGGUGUAUUUGUAGAAUGUCAAUGUAUAGGCAUGUCUGUGAUUGAACGAAGUCCUUUUUGGCAUGUUGAGCUUUCUGAAAGGGGUAGCUGAG